UUUGGCGCCACUUUGUAACGCAGUGGCGAGGGACACGCAUUGAUACUGUUCUCUCUCCUCUGCCUACCCCACGACGCAAGGCGCGCGAGCAUUCAUCAAAUUUGGGUAAACUCAGUAGACUAAAAUCUCAAGUAAUCAACUACUUCCUGCCACGGUAAGGUGUUAUCAGCAGCGAACACUCUGCAAGAGAAGAGAGGCCGCGAUGAAUGUACUCCUGCUCGCUGUUGCCUUGUUAGUCUGCGAGAUAUCCCCGCUGGCCGCCAUUCUCUGGCCCCCGCGAUGUUACAGGAAAGUGGACAUUGGAACGUGCGAUGCAGUCAAGCUUAGGUGGUUCUAUGAACCCAUAACAAGGCAGUGCAAAAUGUUCGCAUACAGCGGGUGCGGCGGAAACUGGAAUAGAUUUCGCUCAGAAAGAGGGUGCCUUCAGACGUGUCAAAUGACAUCUCAGCCCGAACUGUCCUGCAGCGCCAAACCGAACCCGGGUAAUUGCAAAGCUUACCGUCCAAUGUGGUACUUCGACGCUGAACUGGGCUACUGUCGAGGCUUUGUCUACGGCGGCUGCGGCGGAAACAAAAACACGUACCCGAAUUGCAGGGCCUGCAUGAGCCGGUGCACAAAUUACAAUCCCCAUCUGAUGUGCCAGUACCUUGAAUUUGAGUUCUUCAAGAAGUUUAUCGCGGGCAAGCUUAUAGUAGCUCCACCAGCGGUGACAACGCUGACAGGGUUUCCACAGGGGCAACCGAUGAGAAACUGUGGCACAGCCGACACCGGUGCCAACGGUGGCACAAGCGACACCUGUGACACAGCCAACACCGGUGACAGGGUACGCACCGGCGUGGAGGGCUGCUGUACCAUCCGGUGUGAGGUCAGCAUUGCGCGUUGAGGACACGCUUGUCAAGAGUUCCUGAUAGCAAAAUGGCUUCUAAGAGU